AUGACUGAUAGAGUCACUCAUCGAGUUUCCCUUGAUGAUUUGAAUUUGGAAAAACAAAAAUUUGACUCCAAAGAUGAUAUCAAGCCAUGGCUACAAGACAAUCUACAGUCUACUAAAGGUAUCAAUGUGGUUAUAGAGCGAUCUGAUACUUCGAAAAUAAUAUUCAAGUGCAAAAACAAGGAAAAGAAAACAAAAAUUGUGGAGUCCAAGAAAACUGCAUCCAAAACGAUGAUUAGAAAACAUACCAGUUGCCCCUUUAAAAUUAGAGCUAACUAUAGUGUGAGGAAUAAAGUUUGGACAUUGCUGAUAGUCAGCGAUGAACAUGAUCAUGUGGUAGACCUUCCGCGACUGUUUGUUGGCAAGAAUCUAAUAAGCAAUACCAUACCAGGGUCUUCAUUAAAUGUGCUAGAUUCUGUCGCCCCGAGACUGAAUAAGAAAGGAAUAAAGCCGACGUCAGAAAUAGCCAAUACUCCCCUGGUGACAUCAUAUUCCCCCAGUUGUGCUGUUAAACGAAAUGAAGAUGUGGAUGCACCUAAGAUUUCCAGUAAAAAGGCAAGGAACCUAACAAAGAAACCCUCUACACAGAGUACUAGGAGCUCACUGAGUAGUGAUGGAAGUUCCAUAGUCAGUUUUGGAUCUUUAACAUCCCAAUCUAGUCUGACAUCCUUACCAGAAAACUAUAAGGGUCAAGUUCCAACAUCUAUGGAUCUGAUGGUUGUUGAAGAAAGUUUGACGGGAAAGAGUUUGAAACCUGCUGCAUCUCACCCCGUAAAAAGGAAAAAUAUGAAAGCAAAUACUAUGAAGAAAUCCAAAAAAUUAAAGCAGAAUCCGAUUGUUGUUUCUCCCAUUGAAGAGGAUCUGAAUUUAAACAGUUUUGACGACGCAAACAUCGACUUGCAGCGACAGCAAUCAUUACAGUCUCCUUUGUCUCAUUUAGUUCAGAAUCAAGAUCCAAUUUCUUUGGAACAAAACCCCCAGUUACACACAGUCUACCCACAACCACGGCAUUCAAAACAACUGCUGUCAUUGUUGAAAAAAAAUCAGCAACAAGAUCGAAUACCAGAUAACAUGCCACUUCAACCACAAGAAAACAAUAGGACUUUGCAAAAUUUCCCAUUGAAUCAAUUUAAUGCUAAUGAAAUUCUUCAAAACGUACAGCAGGUAGUCAGGGAAACUGUGAAACUGGAGAUUUUAGACAGCCCAAAUAUCGACAAUACCUAUAAAACAGAUAUGAUGGAUUCAUUUGUGUCUCUGGUUAUUUUGGAUUAUAAAGAUUAUUUGAGCUCACAAUUUUUGUUUUCUUUGAAGCAAAACCUAUAUGACAGACGAGAAGCGACUCAUACCAAUGUUGACCUUGAACAAAAUGGUUCCAAUGAGAACCUUUUUGAUGAACAACCACAACAUAAACACAAUCACCAACACAAUGAAAAUCAAUUCCUGUAUCAACUGCAAAUUCAAAACCAGAGACAAAAUCAAAAUCAAAAUCAAGGUCAAAAUCAAAAUCAAAACCAAAGUCAAAGUCAAACACCAGGACAAAAUCUGAAUCAAAAUGAUAGUCAAACCCAAAUACCACUACAAAGUCAAACUCCACAGGAUCGUAAAUCUGCCAUGCAACAAAAUUGGCUACCAGGUUCGACUCCUGGAGUUGGAGGGUUGAUCAGAUUGUCACCAUUGCUUAAUGAUAAUGAUAAUAAUGAGUAUGCGGCGGUAGCAGCAGCAGCGGUUGUUGGAUCAACCCCAGGUAAUCCAAAUGGUAAUUCUUUGGAAAAUUUCACUCAUUUGCCAGGGAUUAAUUCCAGUACACUAAAUUAUUUGAUGCAAUUACCACAUCCUUCUGCAAAUCCAAACUCAGGAGGAGUCUCGUCUAGUCAGCCGGCUUCUUUGAUGUCAUUACAAGGUCACCAGGGACUACUACAACAACAGCAGCAACAACAACCUAUGUUCUCUAUGCAGAAUCUGGGGCAACAGUUACCCCCCUUGAGUUCGAUACCCAAAUUACCAUCAAGCAAUAAUGCUAAUGUAAAUUUGAAUUCAUCAAGUACAUUGCCACUUCCUUUAAACAAUACUGGCCCUACACUAAAUCCUUCGUCAUUAUUAAAAUCCACAUCCAGAAAUAGUACUAAUUCUGGAAAUAUCAAUGUCAAUAAUAUCAAUAAUAGUAACAAUAAUAGUAACAGUGCCUUUAAUAGUGUUUUUUUAAAUUCAUCAAUAACUACUAAUCCUGCAUUUAUUUUCAAUAGUCAAGGCAAUCCGACUAAUUCCAACCAGUCUAUGGUUAAUUCAAUUAUGACAACAAAUCUGAACAAAGAUGGUACUGCUACUAGUAAUAAUAACAGUAGUGGUAAUACAAGUAAUAAUUUAUUGAAUGAUAUGCCCAAUUAUGGACCUGGUUGGUAA